AUUCACAGCUGAUUUCCUAGCUCCUUUUUGUGUGUUUGUGUGUGCGUGUGUGUCAGUUUCUAGCAGGGAGAUUAGGAUGCCUCUCCGCUGUCCCCGCCCGGGCUGCUACCUUUGCUGAAGUUCCCUAGGGCAGGAGAAGGGGAAGGCGCAAGAACCCAACCGGCCAGCCCAGCCCAGCCCGGAUCCCCCUGGCUUCUCCUUUUCCAGCGCAGGCACCCCGCGCUCACAAAAGGCAGAGCCAAGCCCCACGGACACGCCAAGAGAAAGGAGGCGCAAGGAGGCGCCCGCGGGAGCCACCUUCACCUGGAGCCAUGGCGCAAGCGGCGCCGCUCAACAUCCUGGAGGCGAACUGUCCCAUCCAGGUGGAGCACGACCGCAAGAGGAGGCAGUUCACCGUCCGGCUGAACGGUUGCCAUGACAAAGCUGUCUUGCUGUAUGAAUAUGUGGGGAAGAGAAUCGUGGACCUGCAGCAUACAGAAGUCCCUGAUGCCUACCGAGGGAGAGGAAUCGCUAAACAUCUGGCAAAGGCAGCCUUGGAUUUUGUGGUGGAAGAGGACUUGAAAGCUCACCUGACAUGUUGGUACAUCCAGAAAUACGUCAAGGAGAACCCGCUGCCUCAGUAUCUGGAACGCUUGCAGUCUUAACGGAGGAAAACAUCGUAGAGCCCCGAUGGCUCGGACACUCGAUAGCUUGUCCCCUGACUUUCCAACAACAGCCUUUGUUAUUGCGCUGGUUCUGGGUCCCCAAUUGUGUGGCCCUUGCUCAAAAUUAUUAUUUUUCGUAAGGACGCAGUGUGCGGCCGACUGCUUGGUGCUUCCACCCGCCUCUGGUUCUUCCAGUGCUUUUUGGCUGACCUGGGAUUGAAUUGUUUCCUCUGGCCCUCUCCUUGGAAGAAACUUUCAGGUGUAAGAAAGGCAGUAGUGGUCGGAGAGCUGAGUUCCUUCUGUGCAGCCGUCGAUGACGGGAUUGCCGUCUUUUGUUCUUCCUCUCAAAGGAAUGAAGCAUUUAGGAAUGCCAUCUGAGAAAUUUGGCAUCAAUGAACUUGUCAGCGCCAAACACAGCUGGAAGAGUCUGGAUGCCACACUUGUGAGGGAGCGGAGAUGGCUUUUUGAUAUCUGGGCAGCUCCUGAGCCACAUAUUAAUAUAGUAAGAAGGAGAUAAUUCUAACUGAAUAGAAUAAACCUGGGGGGGGAGGGACCUGGGGGGAAAAUGCGUUUCAGUGCCAUCUGCGUGGUGUUUUGGAGGAGGUAUCAUCUGGACCUGCCUCUAGUGGCACAAAAGAGGCCACAGUUCUUGUUCUCUGCCCUAGUCCCAGUCGCUGCCUGACAGAGGUGAAAAAGGGGCGGUGGUUUAAUAUGUUUAUCCAGUUGGGUGGAAAACGUAAAUGCUACUGCGCAUCUGAGAAGGAAAAGAAUCUGGUGCUGUCUGUGUUAGGGAGCUUGGUUUUGGUGGGAUCCCCAUGUUCUUAUCAAGUGGAGGAUAUGGUUUGUUGUUGGGGAGAAGCAAUAACAGACCCAAGAGUUGGGAUGGGGGUUGGGGAUGGAAGGAAGGAAAUGGUGAAGGCAAACUUUGAGGGAAACAAAUUCUGGGCACUGAGCAAUAGGAAAGCCUGAUGUUCUUGAGAACCACUUCUUGGGUCUCAAAGGGAAAUGGGCUGAGGGGAAGGGGGACUACAACACUAGGAACCACACAUUAUAAGCUGCCCCCUCCCACAGGGUAACCGGUUGUCUCAACUCAGCUGGGUCUUCUGACUCUUCAAGGGUAUUCUUGUGUGAUUUAACCCAAUCUUCACUCCUAGUGCAUGGGUGUGUGUGUCAUGUCUCCUGUGGAUACAGUCUUACUCCAGACCAGCCUUUCUGCCCACCGCCCCGCCCCCCCAGACCCAUUUCUUAGAAUGCUGUCCCUUGAAUGAGGCUGAUAAGCAGAAAUGAUGAGACUUCGGAGAGACCCUGAUUGUUCUGCAAACCAUGCUAGGCCCAGCUUACCAUGGUGAUUGCAAAGUGGGGUGGGUGCUACGGUGGCUCUGGACAUGUCAAAUCACUGCUUCCUCUCCCCACCCUGGAUCCAUGCCUUUGGGAGGUUUGGUCGAACACUGAGUAGACUAGGUCCUCAGUCGAGAUGCCCACAUUGAUGGGAAGGUUGGGCUGCUGUAUUUGUACUCCCAUUAUUACCAGCAAUAAGGCUGUUCUGUCUCAUUAGAACUGGCUGUCAGCUGUUUGUCAGGGAUGUUCCGUCCUCUCUCACAUCCCUCCUGUCUUUCCGGGGUGGAAAAAACCUGCAGUCUUCCAAGCCAGCUUCCACGAUGCCUGUGCGGACUGUUGCCCUGACAGCGAGGCACAGAGGACAAAAUCAGUCAUUGUGCAGCUAAGGAAACAUGGAGGCCUUAUAGAUCGGUGGCUGCCAGUUUUCUUUCCUUCUUGUUCCCGUAAGGUGCUGCUUGUAUCUGGAAUACAUCCUGUGGGUGCCUUUCAAAAGAAGUGAGAAGAUCUUCGUCCCACUGCUUUUAUACCCAUACCUGACCUGUCUGUUCCUCAAGGAACCCACUGAAGAAUCACAGCGUGUUUGAUGCAGGGGUUUAUUGCUCUGGAUGGCAGAUGAAUGCUCUGGGGUGGGAGGCACUGGGCCUUUAUCUAACUUUGGGUGAAGUCUGGUGCGCUCAAGGCAAGACAACCCGGCCUUAAGGACCUGCUGUUUUAUGUUGGUGCUACAACAGUCUCUGACCUACAGAGAUUUUUUUUAUUAUUAUAAUUUAACAAUGGCCACAGAGUUUACUGCUGUACUCAUCUCCUCUUUGUUCAGUUAUGUUGAUGGACAACACUGCCCUCCCUCCCUGUCAAAGCCAGGGGGCUCAAUAACCCAUCCCUUAACUAUGGAAGGAAUCCCCAACAUCUACUGUGAUGGAAAGUUCUGCCCCCACCUACCCUGUUUUUUAAGUAGCUAAUCUCUGGGAUAAGGGUGGUCUUUGCAGCUCAAAAAGACCUGGACCACUCUGAUUUUGCGGCUGGGAUUAUCAAUAGUUAAAAGAGCCCUCCGACAAAUGGAUUUUAAGGCACAAUGUCUGUGCUGAAAAGCCCGGUGGGCCAACAAUACAGCUUCCAAAUCCAUCAAAUGUAAGACUUCUACUUGGCUGUUCUCUUCAGUGUUGGUUUCCUCCGCUUCUCUACUCAGUGUAGAUUUAUUUUAAUUUCUUUCCUCCCUCUGAUUCUGUUGUGGUUAAAUAAUGUGCCUUUCCUACUCAGGACUCGUUUUUAAAAAAAACCCUGACCAUUUGGUGGUUGUUGUUUUUUUUUGUGUCUAACACAAUCCUUUCUUGUGAACCGUAUUCUUAAUUAAACCUGACCUUAUUGCAUGGAAUUCAAUAAAAGGUGUGGCGAAAUCAA